AUGGAGUUGGAGGGCAUUUCUCGGCACGAGAUGGAGAUGAAGGCACUCACCGACAGCCUCUCGCGAAUACGCCACCUGCGCAAGAAGCGAACUGGCCUUGAUGCCGCUCCCUCCCCUGCCUCUAUUCCGCAUCCUUCGCCUUCCACUCCCUCCACUGCCACUGCUGCCACUGCCUCCUCCCCCUUCGCCUCCUCCGCCUCAUCCCGCCCAUUCUUCCGCCACACCAGGCCCGCCUCCCCCUCUUCCGCGCAAUCCUUACCUCCUCCCGCCGCCCGCCCAAGCUCCCUGGAGCUGCGCGCCGAGCAGUGCGCACCGAGCCACUGGGACGUGCGCUCGUGGCUGCCCGAGGGCCUCGCGGCCGCCAGUCAGGCGACGCCCGCCAGCGCAUCACGCGACGACGCGUCGGAGCAAAGCGCGUCCGUCCGUGGCGACGAGAGCGCGGCGACCGAGGCGGGGGAAGGCGCGGCGAGCGAGGACGUGCUGCGGGCGAACGAGCGGCUGAUGAUGCACGUGGCGGCGUCGCGAUGGGCGUCGCAGGGCGCUUCGGCGCAGGCGAACGCGGAGCAUAGGGCACCCUCGCCCCCGCGCAGGGCGCACGACGCGGGGGAAGCGGACGAUGAACGGUCCGAUGCGACAGCGCGGUUCCAUGUGGCGAGCGGAGCAGGCUUGGCGGAGGCGCGCGGAAGGGCGGAGAUUGCUGGCUACAAAGGAGGGAAGGUGGAGGCAGAGGAGGAGGACGACGGGGAAGCAACGAGCGGGGCAGGAAACAAAGAUGGAGAGGCGGAGAGUAGGGCGGAAGGAAGAAACGAAACGUUGGUUGGUGCCGGCGCGUGGCGGUCAACGCGAGUCAACGAGUUGGAAUCGGAGGACGACAGCUGGGACGCGCCAGACCCCACGAGCCGCGGUUUGUUCGGCGGCGGGUCAAGCGCGUUCUUCAACCCCCUCGCGGAUGACGUGGCACUCAACCUGCGCUUGUCGCUCGACAACGAUGAUGAUGAGGAUGAGGAGGACGAGGUGGAAGACGAGGAAGAGAGAGACGAGGAGGAAAUUGAUAGUUACUUCGCGGGCGCAAGCGUGGAAACCGGAAGCCGUGGAGGCGAUUCGAUUGGAGUUUCAGCGGCAGGCAAGUCUGGCACGAGCUACGAGCGGGCUGCCGGUUCCGGCUCGGACGGUUGGGGGACGGCAGCGGGAGGCGUGGGUAAGGAGCGACGCAGAGGCGGAAGGAAAGAGACGGGGAAGGCGGGAGGCGCGCGGAUGGCGGCCGCGCGGCGGGAGUUGGAGGAGCAGCGCGCGGUGGUGGAGCGGAAAUGGCGCGAGAGCCAGAUGGAGAUGAGGCGCGCCGCGCGCAUGGCGGCUGCACUCAAAGCCACCAUUGACUCCAUUGACUGCGUUGACUCGCCCGCCCGUGCCGCCGCGCCUGCCUAUCUCCCUGCGCCGCUGAUUGCGCCCCCUCACGGCUCACUUGCAGCCCUGCCUUCCCCCGUCCCCGCUACUGCCGUUACUACUGGUGCGCCUGCUGCGCUCGCUCUCGCUGUUCCUGCGGAUGGGGGCGGCGCGGGCGGCCGCAGCUUGAGUGACACUGGCGGGGGCGGCAUGGGAGGGGAGAGCGUGGGCGCGCACAGCAUGGGGUGCAGCAGGCGCGCGCUGGUGGAGGCGCGGCGGCUGCGGGAGCGGCUGGAGGGGCUGAUGCGGCGCAUGGAAGCGCAGGGGAAGGCGGACGUGGGCGGAAGCAGUGGCGCGGGGAGCGAGUGCGCGGAGUCGGAGGCGGAGUCGAGCAGCGCGGCGUCGUCGCGCCUCUCGUGGGCCGCCAGCAGCUCCGCCUCGCGCGGCGCCAGCAGCUCCGGCGGCAGCGGCGACGGCAGUGGCGGCGAUGCGACAUGGCUGCUGAAGCGCAAGAUACUGCGCGACGCGGGCGAGAUGGCUCAUCUUGAGCGCACCAUGGCUCGCAUCGCCGCUGACGUGGCAACAACCAAGGACGUAUCAGCGCGCAUGGAAGGCCACGCGGCCCUGGCGGCGCGCAUGGAGGGGGAGGUGGAGCGGGUGCGCGAGGAGCAGGAGGCGUGGCGGCAGCGCGCGGCGGUGGCGGAGGCGGAGGCGCGGAGCCUGCGGCGGCAGGUGCAGCAGCGCGACCACGCGGGGGACGCCAUGUCAGCGUCGCUGCGCGCCGAGCUGGAGAUGCUGCGCGCCAGCAAGGAGCGCACGAGGCGGCGCCAGCUGGCGGAGAGAGGCGCGUGGCGGCGGGCGGCGUACCAGCUGCGCGCGGCCAUGGGGGGCGAGCAGCUUGCGCAGAUCCGCGAGGUUGGGGAGGACGGGGGAGCGGGGGGAAUGGAGAUUGUGGGGGGGAUUAGCAGGGGCAGCAUGCGCUGGGGAGAAGGGGGAGAAGGCGGAGAGGGGGGAAGGGAGAUGGAGGCGCUGACUCGCGCGCUGGCGCUGGUGGUGGCGACUGGCGCAACCGGGGGGAGCGACGGGGAGGAAGAGGGGGGAUUUGGAGGGGGAGAGGGGCAACUGGUCACAGUGCGGCGAAUGGCAGAGAGGGUUGAGGCGGAGGGAGGGGCAGAAGAUGUGGGGCGAGGGAACGGAGAGGGGGAUGAGGAGAGGAGGAGAGGGAAAGUGCGGCGGGUGGGGAGUGAAGGUGAGGCGGUGAGGAAUGGGAGCAGGAGAGUGAGAGGGGAUGCAGGGCAGAGGGGCGGGAGGGAGAUGAAGAGAGGCGGGGAAGUGAGGCAGGGAGGAGAGGAGGGCCGUGGUGACGCCACGGGUGCUGCCUCUCAUUCUAGUGGUUCCGCUGCAGGGCUGCACGCAGGGGCAGGCAAGGGGAGCGGCCUUGCAGGGGGGUAUGAGCAGGGUGGAGGGCCGAGAGGUGAGGGUGUGCGGAUGAGUGGUGAGACUGCUGGGGUGAGAGGGGAGGGUAGGGACGCGGGUUCAGGCGAGGCAGGCAGUGAGGUGGUGGCAGGGGUGGUGUGGGAGGUGGCUCGGGUGCUUGACAACGAGUGGGUUGAGAGCGGUGCUGAGGGGCCACGAGGGGUGGCGGAGGCAAGAGAGGAGGCUGGGGAGCGGCAGCAAGAGGCGCACACGGCAGUGCGAGAGCGGGAGCAGGAGCGGAAGCGGGAGUGGGAGCGGGCAGCGGAGGGAUCGGCAGUGGAGGGGCCAGCAGUGGUGUCACCAUUUGCUACAGAGGAGCCGUUCAAAGCGGAGCGUGCAUCCCACGGGGAGGGGGCAGCGGGAGCGGAGUGGACGCGGCACAGUGCUGACUGCGCUGCUGCUGCUGCGCUGCUACCCCGUAGUGCUGCUGCUGCUGCUGGUGGUGGUGCAUGCUCCAAGAGCCACGAGUGGCAUGCACCUACCCCCGCUGCAUCCCAGCACACACACUCCCCCCCGCACACCUCGCACACCUCCCCUCCAGACGCCUCCCCUUUCUCCUUCCCCUGUCUUCCCGCCUCCCCUUCCUCCACGUCCCCCUCCUCCCCCUCUCUCUCCCCCCAUCCCCUGCUCAUCCCCCGCGCCCACACCCACUCCAUGGGGCAGCGCCCUCCGCCCAUCCUCCCCCCGCCAACUCUCCCCCCACGCCACCAUACGAGCCACCCCCCCGCCCAGCACCCCCAGACCACCACCCCGCAGCCCUGGUGGCCGCAGCACGAGGCGCAGGAGCGACACGUGGGUGUGCUGUCUGGGGACCACCAGCGACACGCCCCCACCAGCAGUGAGCAGCAGAGGGCCGGCAGCGAGCAGCAGGUGUCAGAUGCAGGCAGUGGGUGUGCUGCCUCCUCCUCCCUGCACUGCCCGCCCCACCCCGCCUUGUGGUCUCUGCACCCCCAUGACCGGCCUGCUGGUUCCUUCUGGUCCCUGGCAGGCGGCACUGCUGCGGUGCAGAGCGGUGCAAGGGAGUGGAGCGAGGUGGAGAGCAGUGGCAGCAGCAGCACCGUGCAGGGCGGGGGCCGAGAUGGUGGAGGUGGGAAGGAGCGUGUGGGGGGCGGCAGGGGCGGGAGAGAGGCACGAGGGGUGGGAGGCGCAGGGGGAGGGGUGGGGGAGGGGCGUGCAGCAGGGAGAGGUGGGGAGCGGAGGCAGCAAGAGGGGGUUGGGGCUGGGCACUCUGAGGAGACUCAUGUCCCGUGGGUAGGCAGAGGUGAUGGUGUGACAAGGGGUGAGCAGAGGUAUCGUGCUGUCAAGCGCUGCUGUUGGCAUGCUCGUGCUGUGGAGUGGUGUUUACAGCAGUAG